AUGACCAGAGAAGACGCUGGCUGGACAAUUGGCUUAAUUAUUGGAGUUGUGGUGAUUGCACAAGAGAUUCGACUGAAGCGAGUCUGGGUCAGAAUCUGGGAGUUACGAUCACCCAACGCUCUCUUAGAGAUUCGACUGAAGCGAGUCUGGGUCAGAAUCUGGGAGUUACGAUCACCCAACGCUCUCUUAGAGAUUCGACUGAAGCGAGUCUGGGUCAGAAUCUGGGAGUUACGAUCACCCAACGCUCUCUUAGAGAUUCGACUGAAGCGAGUCUGGGUCAGAAUCUGGGAGUUACGAUCACCCAACGCUCUCUUAGAGAUUCGACUGAAGCGAGUCUGGGUCAGAAUCUGGGAGUUACGAUCACCCAACGCUGUCUUAGAGAUUCGACUGAAGCGAGUCUGUGUCAGAAUCUACUACGACGAAUGCAGGGUGAACACAGUAUGUCCAGAUGGUUGGUGUAUCAACUACGACGGGUCGUACGAGUGUAAAUGUAACUAUGGAUUCAAACAAACGCCUGACAGAAAAGGGUGUACAUAUGACACCAACGUUCCAUUCACGAACACCCAUGGAUUCAGGGAUUUCUUGAGGUCGAUUGGAUACAAGAAUCCAGAUAUGUACUUGGCACCACCUGUGAUACUCCAACAACAUACGCAAGCUCCAGACAUCCAUGCCCCACAAAACCAUGCAUACCCUCAGCCAUAUGACGUCCACCAGAAUACAAACCAGUACAUACUACCACCAAACACAAACCAGUACCAGCAACCAAAUCCCAUCCAAUACGACCCACAGCGAAAUACAAACCAAUACAAUCCAGGGACCUUCCCAAGCCAUCGUAGUCCUCAAACAUCUACAACGACGCCAAUGCCAGUGGACGUGGAGCCUACGGAGGCUCCCCCAAUUCCUCCCGAGACACACGUACCGACCCAAAACACACAAAGUUCUUUAGAAAAUCAAAGAAUCGAUCAAAACCUGCAGAUGAUGUGGGAAGACCCUUACGGACCCCAGAGACCUGCAUUCUUGGACCAAACCCCUGCUGAACUGAAUACUCCUAAAAGUCAACCUCCACCUUCAAACCAAAUUUACCAUCCGUCAGCACCGACAGCGGAAUAUUAUGGUCUUCCGCCAUUUCCAAGUCACGUUCCUUCAUAUGGAAACCAAGCUGUCAAUUUUCAAACAUCUCAAAAUCAAGGUUCUUGGGUCGAAGCUCUUGGCCCUCAAAGACCAGCCUUCCUGGAUCAACCAAUAACACAACCACCUCAUCAGGUCAACGACCCUUCUGGUCAGUUUCAUCAACAGGUUCCUCAAAUGAGAGUCGAACAAGGUCUAGUUCCAAAUGAUGCAAUGGGUUACCCUGUCUCUGUCCCAGACCAACAUCACGUCAUCUGGAACUCAGUUCCUCCGCAACAAUUUCCAGUUAUGAACGGUCCUACCCCUAACACAGAUACUCCAUCUAACCCUAAUCCUAAUGCUCAGCCGCUGUCAAGCAUGUCUCUCUCACCCGAGUACAACCAGCCUCCAAAUAACUCUCCAUUACCGUAUUCGUAUACAUACCCGCCUGUUGACGUCAAUAACGCAUCUCCACCUCGAAAUCUCAAAGUGGACCUUCAUUCAAUCCCAUUGGCUACACCUGAGGUACCGAUCAUAUCGCAGCAUGUGAACCAGUACCAGGUGCCAUUUGCAGAUCCCAGUAUGCACCUAAAUCCAUAUCAGUAUCCUGAAAACAGGUUUGGUCCAGGUUACCAUGAAUGGCAACAACCUUACCCCUCGUACCCUUCGUAUGACCCAUACAAGCAAGGUCAAUAUGUUGAUGCCGUGCCAGAUAGUUCUAACAGUCUACAGACUGGCAGCCAGGCAUUGCCAAAUGCAGGAAUUGCUUCACCAGAGACUUCGAGACCAGGUGAAACCCCAGCAACUGAACUUCCAACAACAACGUUUUCUCCAGCAAGCGAAGCCAUCACGACGACAGCAGUAAAUGACGUGCCUACGGUGCUCCUAAACACAACACGGGCUGCUGUAGAUCGAUACACCCCGUCUACUACAACACUCGUUCCGGACUCAUCCACUACAACAACAACAUCUGCCCCUGAUACUGCUACUACGACAGUUGCCACAACUCCAACAACUACUACAUCGGCCCCUUCCACCACAACAGUUCUUACCACCUCCACCGCUACUACAUCUACGACUACCACAGCAACAACUACGCCAGUAGAACUUGGUCCAUCUACCUGGGUUAAACAGACAGGCCAGAAUCUUAAAAUAAGUCUCGGUGUUAAUUUGUCCGGUACCCCUUCACAGGGUGUUCCAACAGCAUCACCAGCGGCCUCCUUUGCGAUACAAGCUGAAGGUGUUCCAAGUGACAUUGCCCCGGUAACUAAUGCUCCUUCAGCAGAGGCAACGACAGUCACAUCAACGGCAGAAGUCACAACCGUACGCUCUGUAUCACCUCCAACGUCAACCAAAACCCCUGCGUACACACGGACUACAAGACAACCGACAAUUGUUUCAGUGGUGCCAGUAAGUAAUGACAGAUUUGACAUUACAAAUUCGCAAGUCACCAAUAUCCCAGUAAGACCACAAUCGCCAAAUAUUAUCCCUAAACAAUGGGGCAGCGGACUCUCAAUGCGCCUCAAAACCAACCACAAUACCAAACGAAACAGCAUUCCACAAUAG